UACAUUAUACUCUUUGGUAUUAACCUAAAAACUGUUUCGAGUUCACGUUAUUAAAAAAGCGAUUAUUAACAAUUAAUUAAUGAAAUUUCUAUAAGAAAGAAUCAUUACCCGCCAAGAAUAUAAAAUGCUCGAGCCAUGGAAUGAUCAAUCUUUGUUACCGCCUCCGGUGAACACAUUUCUUUGUAAACAAAAGUUAGAUUUAAAAGAAUUAACCUAUACAACAAAUAACAUAAUUGAGAUUUUAUCUAGGCAAUCCCCUCUUCAUAAAGAAGGUGCUAUAUUAUCCAGAUUCUUAUACAAAUUCGACAAGAAAUUUCGCAAUGAUAUGGGCUACCGUAAUUUUAAAAAGGUAAAUACGGCACUGAGGAAAUAUUUGACUCUAAACCUUUUGAAGGAUGUAGAAAAAUUUUCAUCAUAUUUACCGAAAGAAAACGACAAUGAAUUAUACCUACCUACUAGGCAAAUGUUAGAAUAUAUUUUAAUUAGGAUAAUGUCAUUUUCUAAACUAAUGCUAAGAAUUGUAGUUUGCUCUAAGCAGUCUGCAAUUUUUUACUUAGAUAGAAUUAAACGAGGAGAAAGUCACUGGAUGUGUUUGAUGCCAUAUGCUCUUUUAUGUAGAAUAUGGUCUAUGACACUUGUUCUGUUACAACAUUCAUGUAACUGGUAUAAUCAGCUAUAUCAAGUUAUAGGGAAGCUUGAAAUUAAAGGCUUAGCUUUUUUACCCCCAAAUUAUAAAUUACCUAAUGACUUGGAAGAAUGGUUAGAUAUGAAAAAUCUAAAUAGUCUUGGAAGUUUUGAAUGGACUUGUAAAAUUAAAAUAAACAUAGAAGCAAUUGCUAUGGAAGAUGAUUCAGGAGAUUUAUGUGAGAACAUUUUGGAUUAUGUAAGUCAGAUCAAUGAAAAUAUAGACAAUUCUGAUGAAAAUGAAAUAAAAUUACCUUUUAUAAAGGAAACAUUUCAUAGUGAAGAAGUACAUCUAAAACAGACUGAUUUGGGUAUAGCAGUCUCUAGAAAUUCUUUAGGUAAAUUAGAUGAGCCACUAGGCAAUGAAAAUAAAGCUGCUGUUCACACAAUUGACACAGUUACAAAUAUAAAUUCUUUGAAAGAUUUUAUAAACAAAGAGGAAAACUUAAGGAAUGAAUCAAAUGACAAAGCCUUAACCAGUCAUCUUAGCUUCAUGCAAUGGCAAGCAUUAAAAACUUGUUUGCUAAAUCUUGACACCAAUAAGACUAAACCCCGAAAGAUACAAAGGAAGUUUAAAAGAAUAUGGCAAGAAAAAUGUUUGGAUUACAAAUAAAACAAUAUAAUCAUUUUAAAUAAUA